CAGCUCCCCCCAUCCUUACAAGUACGUUCCAUGUCCCGCAUCACCAUCGACUCUCCAACCGAGUCUACCCGACUUCAGCCCUCCCCUGUCAGCCUUGACUGCCGCAUAACCUCGAAGGAGUUCCCACGCAAAUCCAAAGUGCAGCACCAUGGACAAACUACCAGAAGAGAUUCUGAUCGAGAUACUCGACUAUCUCGAACCCGAGGACCUCAUCUCCAUCCAACUCACAUGUUCCACCCUGUCCAAGUUGGCACGUGCCAACCGGCUGUGGAGGCACAAAUGCUUCGAAAAGUCACCCAGUGCUUCCAUGAGGGCAACCAGUAAUCGCCCUCGUCAAUCACGUGAACCUCGUUCGAACGGCCAUGUGAGGGAAAGGCUAGGAGAAAGCGCCCGGGCUCGGGCUGUCAAUCAAUGGGAUCUCUCAGGCGAAGGUGAACGGGUGGAUUGGUACUCAGAGUACAAGGCUAGAUAUGCUCCCCUGAGUGUCGACUGGCUCGUGAACGACCCCACGAGACACCUCGAGAUCAGAGGCGUUGCCUCUCUCGGUGCGACUGACCAGGCCCUUGGCUACCUGGAGGAUGGAAGCGUCUGCAUCUGGGAUAUCAGUCGAGGUGCCUCAAGAAGGAGAAAAUUUCGAGAGCUGGGACGGAGCAAACCAUCCAUCCUAUUUGCCAAUGCCCAUAAACCAGGUGAGACCCUAGUGGUGGAUUGUGUGAGCGCCUUCCCGUCACAGCAAAAUGCCUUCAUCGCCGUCGGCAAUGUAUUGAACGAGAUCGAUCUCAACACUCUGUCUGUGGUGUCGCACGCAAAAUAUCCCUAUCAGAUAACUGCUCUGUCGCAGUCAGCCUAUCCUGACCUGCCGUUAACGGUCGGCACUCAGUGGACCCUCCAUGUCGUCGACCCACGAAUCCCUGUCAUUCCGGCCUCUCAGUCUUCUCAUGAGCAUAUAGACGAAGUGCCGUGCACGCCAGGAAGCUCUACGGCAAUCCUCCCCGACAUGUUGGGAGAAUUCUCAAUACUUCAUGCCUUCUUCGGCACGCCUCCCCCGCCGUCGUCCAAGCUGGGCACCCCGACACAGUUUCUGGGAUCACGCCCUUCUCAUCGCCCGCAGAAUCGUCAAUGGACGGGUUAUGCCCGAGUCGAUCCUGGGCCACUUUCAAUUCUACACCACGCCGAGAACGAAAUUCUCAUCUGUGGUAGAUUCUCCACUAUACUAUCCUACGACCGUCGAUAUUUCCCGCGGCUUCAAUAUGUCAUUCAUUCCAGUGCCAGCCUCUCAUCUCUGACGUCGAUCCCAUACCCACCAGCUAGAGCGUCGCCCAACGUAACGGGUGACGCCACUCUUGUCGCGUGCGGCGAAUACCGGGGCCGCGGGUCUCUGGAGCUAUACUCCCUUCCGCACAUCAAGUCUGGACAAGGGCAAUCCAACCCGGACAUGUCCUCCGGCUCCAGCCCCUCCGAGGACGACGAGCUCGGCAUCACCAGGGACUGCUACCCGACCUCGGAAAACGGCGUCUUCAGCUACAAGAACCGCCAAGACGCGGCCAAAUCGAAGCUCCUCUCCGUGGCGUCGCACGGCACCAAGAUCGUCUUCUCCGACUCCGAAGGCGGCCUGAAAUGGGUCGAGCGGGACGGCCACAGCCUCGUGCGCCGGUGGAACAUCAACGGGUUCCAGAUGAUGGACAACCGCGCCAUCGCGACCUCGGCCGCCGUGCACGGCGACUCGGUCGCGCGGAAAAUCAUCCCGCUCGACGAGUCCCCGGCCUCGUCGGGGGAGCGCGGCAAUCGCGGCGACGCAGACCUGCUCGUGUGGACCGGGGAGAAGAUCGGGAUCGUCACGUCGGACCCGCAGUUUAUGGACCACGAGGAAAUGGUCCGCGAGUGCGAGGGCAACGUGGAGGAGAAGAGGGAAAAGGAGGAGCGCGAGAGGCAGGAGGAAGAGUACUCCAAGACCAUGCGGCGGGCCCUCGAGCGGCAGGCCGAUGAGAGGCGGUGGAUGAGCCAGUUCAGACUUAAGAGGAGGGAUUACUUCUGA